CAUCUCAUAAGGUCUGUACAACAGAUGACAAACAGGUUUGACGUAAUGAAAGUGUCCACAAAAGUAAAUGAAGCGAAUACAAUCAGGUAGAGGGAAAGCAGGCGCAAUCUCAGACUGGAACAGAGUGUAACCAGGCCAGAAACACUACAGCCAUGGGAGCAGGAGCCUUGAAAUGUUUGAUGAUUUUAGUCAUUGUCUUGAAUGCAAUUGCUGCUGCAGCUGGACUGGCAUUAUUCGCAGUGGCAAUUUGGGUAGCAGUGGACGGGUAUAAGCUCUACCCCAUAUCUGGUGUCUCAGGAAAAGAUGACAUCUUUGCUGCAGCAUGGAUUGCCAUUUUUACAGGCUUUGCCUUCUUCCUCACAUGCAUCUUUGGCAUCUUCGCUGCCCUGAAAAGGAGUCGUGCACUCAUGCUGGCGUACCUGAUCAUUAUGUUCAUCAUCUUUCUGUUCGAAUGCGCCUCCGCCAUCACAGCAGCGACUAACCGAGAUUAUCUGGUUGGGAACAGUAACCUUGUAAAGAAACAGAUGCUGCAAUAUUACGCAGACAGCAGCACACAAGGAAAGCAGAUUACACAAACAUGGAACAAAGUGAUGGAACAGGUGGAGUGCUGUGGAGCAGACAGUCCGAAAGACUGGUUAGAGUAUAACUCUACCUUCAAACAGACAUUUGGCCCAACAUACCUCUGGCCUCUCAACUGCUGCCAGAGACUGAGUAACUUUGAGGUGAAAGAUCGAGAAGGCUGUCUCGUUGGACAGAGCGGUGCCAUGUUCACAAAGGGUUGUUUCCAGUACAUUGAGUCUGUGUUAAGCCGUUACACCUGGGCUGUGAGCUGGUACGGUUUCUCCGUUCUUAUGUUGGUGUUUUUCACAUUGUUGAUGGCCAUGAUCUACUACAUGCAGCUGGACUAACUGUACGGACUCCACAAGUCACAUCUGCAGAAAUGCUUCCACUCAUGAAGUCACAGAAAAACACAGAUAAUUACAGAUUGCCCAAAAUAAAUACAUGGAUAACUGAUAUGACAAGUCAAAGUGUCCUGCAACGUGACGCACUUCAUCAACAAUUAUAAACAGCAUUUAUUCCAUUUUUAUUUUAGUAUCAUACAUGUUGUUAUGACUUCUUAUAAUUUGCUCAUUUUAAAAUGUAUUAGUCACAUGGAUGUUCCAUGUUAAAAAUAAGUUAAUCUUGAUCAAAAAGCAUUUAUGGCAUAAUGGAUUCUUAAAAACUUAAGAACUGGUGAGCAUCAUUUCAUUAUGUUGGGGCGGAAGAGUUAAAGUUAUUUGUAAACCAAUUAAACAUAUUCAAAUACAUCUUUCCUUUGCAUUUAAUUAUUGACGAGUAGUCUUUAUGGCAUCAUUUUAAACCUUUAGUAACAAUAGUGAUCAAAUAGGUUCUUCAAAUGAUUGUAUGAUUUAAUCAAUUUAUCUUUAUGCCAGUCUACAAUUGUAUUUUUUCUACAUGAACAUUUAAUAUAAAAUUUGCUUUAAAAUGUCUAUAGACCAAUGAAUAGGACAUAUGUUUUGUAAGAUAUUUCUCUGCACAAACUUACUUAAUGUUUCUUAAUUAUCAAAUAAACACGUGACUGUG